CCCAUCACAGAAUAGGACUGCAGUAAUUUAACUCCCUGUCUCCUGUGGUGUCACCAGAAAUUAGGACAAAUUAAAACCAUUCCCCCUCUGCCCUUAUUCUUUUCACAUGUGAAAGACCUGUCCUGCUGAUUGUUUGUCAUUGAGCGGAAGGAUAUGUUUUAAAUCGUUAUAAAGCCCAGCAGUGAAGAGAGAGAGGAGAGAGAGAUAAGGACUAAGCUGCUGGCUGUGUCAGUUUUCGGGUGAAAUUAACAUGGCGAGCGACUCUCCAGCGAGAAGCCUGGAUGAAAUCGACCUCUCGGCUCUGAGGGAUCCAGCUGGUAUUUUUGAACUGGUGGAACUUGUUGGCAAUGGCACAUACGGACAGGUGUACAAGGGUCGACAUGUCAAGACAGGUCAACUUGCUGCAAUCAAGGUUAUGGAUGUCACUGGGGAUGAAGAGGAGGAGAUCAAACAGGAAAUUAAUAUGCUAAAGAAGUAUUCACACCAUCGAAAUGUUGCCACAUAUUAUGGAGCCUUCAUUAAAAAGAAUCCUCCUGGAGUAGAUGACCAGCUUUGGUUGGUGAUGGAAUUCUGCGGAGCUGGAUCUGUCACUGAUUUGAUCAAGAACACCAAAGGGAACACACUGAAGGAAGAGUGGAUCGCCUACAUCUGCAGGGAGAUCUUGCGGGGCCUGACUCAUCUUCAUCAACACAAGGUCAUUCACCGUGAUAUCAAGGGUCAGAAUGUCUUGUUGACAGAGAAUGCUGAAGUCAAGUUGGUUGACUUUGGAGUGAGCGCACAGCUUGACCGGACAGUAGGGAGGAGGAACACAUUCAUUGGCACACCCUACUGGAUGGCACCCGAAGUGAUAGCUUGUGAUGAGAAUCCAGAUGCCACUUACGAUUUCAAGAGUGAUUUGUGGUCUUUGGGAAUCACUGCUAUGGAAAUGGCCGAAGGAGCUCCACCCCUGUGUGACAUGCACCCAAUGAGGGCCUUGUUUCUCAUCCCAAGGAACCCACCACCUCGACUAAAGUCCAAAAAGUGGUCAAAGAAGUUUGUGUCUUUUAUUGAGGGGUGCUUGGUGAAGAAUCAUGGGCAGAGGCCAGCAACAGAUCAGCUGCUGAAACAUCCCUUCAUCAGGGACCAACUCAAUGAGAGGCAAGUCCGGAUCCAACUCAAGGACCACAUUGACCGGACCAAGAAGAAGAGGGGCGAGAAAGAUGAGACAGAAUACGAAUACAGUGGGAGUGAGGAAGAGGAGGAAGAUCAUGAAUUUGGAGAACCAAGUUCCAUCGUGAACCUGCCUGGAGAAUCCACCCUCCGCCGAGACUUCCUGCGCCUGCAAUUGGCCAACAAGGAAAGGUCAGAGGCCAUCAAGAGGCAACAGCUGCAGGAGCAGCAGCAGCGGGAAAAUGAGGAGCACAAGCGCCAACUGCUGGCUGAGCGGCAGAAACGCAUUGAGGAGCAGAAGGAGCAACGGCGGAGACUAGAAGAGCAACAAAGGAGAGACCGGGAGCACCGGAAACAGCAGGAGAGGGAGCAGAGGAGAAGAUAUGAGGAGAUGGAGAGACUCCAGAGAGAGGAGGAGAGACGUCUGGCUGAACGGGAGCAGGAGUACAAGCGAAAGCAGCUGGAAGAACAGCGUCAGGCGGAACGACUACAACGACAAUUGCAGCAGGAACGGGCUUAUCUGGUGUCUCUCCAGCAGCAGCAACAGCUGGAGCCAAGACCUGGUGAGAAGAAGGCACUUUAUCACUACAAGGACAGUAUGAACCCAACGGAGAAGCCAGCCUGGGCCAAGGAGGUACAGAAGCGAUCGCUCAGUAAUUCUCCUCGACGCCCACCCAAAGGAGUGCUUGCCACUAAGUGGCCAUCGUUCAGUGACAUCACCAAUCAGCAGCCCGCUCACCAUUUGGCCCCGCAUCCCAGUUCUGGACAACACCUUGUGAUUCCCAGUUUUCUCGCCUCUCCUCUCAUCAAUGGAAAAGGCUCACGCCAAGCCCAGACCGUACUGGACUCGGAUCAAGCAGGUCCAGCAGGAAUGUCCACUCCCCAGGCCCAAGCAAAGACCAAGAAGAAAUCACGUGCCGACAAAGCUACCCCAGACCAGGCCAGGCAGGCACGACCACGGCUACGGUCACAGACCCAGCAACAGCCGUCACUGGAGGCAACCUUUGAGUUUGGACGCAAUGUCAUGGUGAAGAAACAUGUAAAGGCCACCUCUGCAAAACCACGAGGGCGUUCAGAUGAAUACAUCUUCACAUUUGGUUAUGGUGGAGUAAUUAAGAAAAAGAAAAGGAAGCCAGUAAAUAAAACUGCAAGGCCCCUAGAUUACAGAUUCACCAUGAAACUUGGUGGUGUGGUAGAGAAAGUUCCAAUUACUCCUGAGAUAAGGGUGGAUCCUGAUUAUGAUGGACAGAUCUCUGAAGAAGGAACAUCUCAAGAAACAGAGAGCACGCCUGUGGAGGAACGCUCCAAGUUAAACCGCCAGAGCUCGCCGGCAAUGCCACAUAAGAUGGGAAACAGGAUGUCUGAUCCAAGCAUGCCGCCUCGCUCCGAAUCAUUUAGCAGCAGUGCAGUGCAGGCUGCACGAACCCCACCAAUGCAUAGACCUGUAGAGCCUCAGGUCCAAGUAGCUCACCUGGUUCCUUUGAAACCGCACAGCACUUCCAUGACGGGUUCCCAGUCCCUUCACGAGCAGCCAACUAAGAGUAUGUCCAGUGCUUUCCAUUCACAAGAGGGGCUAGUGUCACAUCGUGCCGAAAUGCCACGGCAGAACUCCGACCCCACGUCAGAAACCCCGCCCCUCCCUCCCCGCAUUGGGUCAAGAGAAGAAAAGUGUGGGGGCAGCGUUUGGCACAGGCAAGAGGAGGACACCCCACCCAAGGUCCCUCAGAGAACAACAUCCAUCUCACCAGCACCAGGCCGCAAGAGUUCACCCGGAAACAGCAGUGGAUUGGCUAAUCGGCCCAGUGCCCAGUUAAUCAGAGCAAGUAAUCCCGACUUGCGUAAGAAUGAGAACCUGUUGGAAACCCCCCUGCAACGUACCAGCAGUGGCAGCUCAUCCAGUUCCAGCACUCCCAGCUCCCAACCUGGUUCCCAGAGUGGAUCCCAGAGCAGUUCCCAACCAGGCUCCCAAAGUGGAUCCAAUGAGCGCAACCAAAUUCGGGGAACAGGGAAGCCUGAAGGAUCACCAGUUCUCCCUCACGAGAGUUCGCGAGUGAAACCAGAAGAGGGCCGGGAGUUGACACGGCCUGGGAGACCUGCUGACUUGACAGCUUUGGCCAAAGAAUUGCGGGAGCUUCGUAAUGAAGAGUCAUCGCGACCUCCAAUUAAAGUCACUGACUAUUCGUCGUCUAGUGAAGAAUUGGAAAGCAGUGAGGAUGAGGAAGAGGAGGAGGAGGAAGAAGAUGCAGAAAAUGAGGCACAGGAUGGGACAGUCCCAGUCAGUGAUAUUCCAAGGAUAAUGCCGUCCUCUGCACCAGCUAGCAGCGAGCAGUACAAUGAGAGCUACGGCCUGGUGGGCAUGCAAGAGGGAGCUCUGCCAUCUGACCUUUACAACAAUGCUUCAGGAGAUGGGACCCUGAUUAUCCGGGAGAAUUCUGGUGACAAAAAGUGGACUGGCCAUGUUGACAGUAACGGCUUUGCCAGCCACACCAAUCUGCCCGAUCUGGUGCAGCAAAGCCAGUCUCCUGCCACUACACCAACCGAGGCAAUUGGGCGAACCACAUCUCAACUCGCUCAGGAAAAGGACUCAGCAGCUGGGUAUGGCCGGGGCACAGGCACAAAAUCAUCUUUCACUCCAUUUGUGGACCCCAGGGUAUUUCAGACAUCACCCAGUGGCAGUGAGGAAGAGUCAUCAGCAACAGCAAUGUUCUCCAGUGAGAUGCUCCGACAGGAACAGGCAAAGCUGAAUGAAGUUCGGAAGAUCUCUGUGGUAAAUGUCAACCCAACAAACAUCCGACCCCAUAGUGACACCCCGGAGAUUCGGAAAUACAAGAAGCGGUUCAACUCGGAAAUACUCUGUGCCGCACUCUGGGGAGUGAACCUGCUGGUGGGCACAGAAAAUGGAUUAAUGUUACUGGACAGAAGUGGCCAGGGGAAGGUUUAUAACCUCAUCAAUAGGAGGCGCUUCCAUCAGAUGGAUGUUCUGGAGGGUCUCAACAUUCUUGUGACGAUUUCUGGUAAGAAGAAUAAGUUGAGGGUGUAUUACCUGUCUUGGCUGAAGAAUAGGAUAUUACACAAUGAUCCUGAGGUGGAGAAGAAACAGGGUUGGACCACAGUUGGUGAUUUGGAGGGCUGCGUACAUUACAAAGUUGUUAAAUACGAGAGGAUUAGGUUCCUCGUGAUCGCUUUGAAGAAUGCAGUAGAAAUUUAUGCCUGGGCACCAAAGCCUUAUCACAAAUUCAUGGCCUUCAAGUCUUUUGCAGAUCUUCAACACAAACCAUUAUUGGUUGACCUGACGGUGGAAGAGGGACAAAGGUUAAAGGUUAUCUAUGGGUCUCACACUGGUUUCCACGUGAUCGAUGUCGAUUCAGGGAAUGUCUAUGACAUUUACAUACCGUCACAUAUUCAGGGCAACGUCACACCUCAUGCUCUCAUCAUUCUCCCCAAAACGGAUGGGAUGGAAAUGCUGCUGUGUUAUGAGGAUGAGGGUGUUUAUGUCAAUACUUAUGGGCGAAUCACCAAGGACAUUGUGUUGCAAUGGGGGGAGAUGCCCACAUCUGUUGCCUACAUCCAUUCCAGUCAAAUAAUGGGCUGGGGCGAGAAGGCCAUUGAGAUUCGGUCAGUGGAGACUGGGCACCUGGAUGGGGUUUUCAUGCACAAGAGAGCGCAACGCCUGAAGUUUCUGUGUGAGAGAAAUGACAAGGUCUUCUUCGCAUCUGUGCGUUCGGGUGGAAGCAGCCAAGUUUUCUUCAUGACCCUGAACAGGAACUCGAUGAUGAACUGGUAACAAGACGGAGAGCACGCAUUUUGUUCACACUCGCACUGACAUAUGGAAGUCGACAAUUUAGAGAGAUUUCUAACCUUUAAAGGAAAAAGCCUCUUGAUGUCACGGAUAUAAAAGGACUAAUGCAAUAUAACAAAGCCUGUGUUGCGUAUCUUGAGAUGAUAGUGAUGAUUUUUUUUUAAGUCCCGGUAAACUUUGUGUGCGUGGCAAGGGUCUUGGAGGGAAAACCGUCAACAUCGAAACCAGCUGUGAAGACCUCUUAGCAUCAGGAUGUCCUAAAGAUGCUGGAGUUAUUUUCCUGCUGGCUGCACUGUGCCAGAACUGAAUAGAGGGAGGGAGUUACUAAGGGAGAGCAUGAUGCUGCUGCUCUGUGCGAUGAUAAAGAUAGUUGUGGGAAUGGCCAGGGAUGGGGUUGGGGGUGAGGAGGUUAUUGCUGGUAUCAGCAGGCAAAUGAACCACCAUUUUUUCCCCAAAAGAUUAGUUUUCUUUCUGAUCAUCAGAAGCAAAGCACCUAGUCUGGAAAAGAAAGGGGCAGUCAUUAUUGAUAGUUUAACAAUGGGAUAAAUGUUUUGCUCAUAACAAAGGGAAAACAAUAUUUUAAAGGAGAAUUACUACUAAUUUGAACUCUGAUAGAACAACAUAGCAAUUCUAUCACUAGUUUAGUGGAAAGGUUCAGUGUGUGGCUGGGUGGCUCAAUUUACAGAAGUGUAUUCACAUUUUGACUAUAAACUAGUGUUAGGCUCUGAGACUCGUCAAUUAAUGGGUUUAUUUCAAUUCACUAAUAUUUAAUCUGAAGAAUUUCCUUUGAGGAUCCAUUCCUGUUGAACUGACUGGCCCAAAAGGAAUCCAUAAUGUCACUUUGGGAACAUGAGAAAAUGGAGCAUUUCUCCUGACGAAAAGUCUUUUUGAAAACUGCCAGAAAGGAUCAAGAGAGAUGAGAGAAGAGGGAGGGAGGGCUGAGGGGACCGAGGGAGAUGACAGAAAGGAGAUAAAGGACAAUGGAGGGUGGGCUGCUGCAGGAUCAUUUUGGAGAUAAAAUCCUUGUGAGUGAUGUGAAAGGAUUCAGCACCAGACAAAACUGUCAAUCAAAAAGGGUGUUCCCAACAUCUUGCUCCUCCCCUGCCAACCAUACCUGACCCCUCCCUCAUGGCUCCAGUCAUGAAUUUAUUCCAAUAGUCCCAAGAUGGUGUGGAUAUUUCCUGCAAUUCUUUCAUGAAUGUGGACAUCAUUGCCAAGGCCAUCGUUUGUUGCCUAUUUCUAAAGACCUCUGAUCUGAGUGGCUCACUCGGCCAUUUCCGAGGGCAGUUAACAGGCAACCUCAUUGCUAUGCGUCUGGAAGUGCACACAUGCCCGGCCAGGUAUGGAUGGCAGAUUACUGUCCUGACACUAUCGGAAACCCUUCUUCCCCACACCCUGGAUUUUGCUCAAUGUUCCAACCUUGUCCUUGGUUGUUUGGUGGGGGAAGGCAGUUUGCACAUAUGUUUAUCUUAAUCAAACGCUUGGUAGAUUGGCAGCAAAGGACGAAGCUGGAAGUGAAGGCAGGCUGGAAGUUGACACAUCCGUGCUAAGGAGGUGGUCACAGAUGUUACUCAGUCACAUGUGCCCGGCCUUCAAUCAUUUUGGUGGCGUUUUGUUUGUUUUAAAAAUGCAAAAGCCAAAAAGAAGAAAAGGAUUUCUACAUUAUGAAUUAUCCUGUGAGGGGGAGGGGGUGGUUAGGGGUUGGGGACAAAAAGUGGGGACGUAGCGUGUGUUAUUUGGGAGCUUGAUGAGUUCUGCUCCUCUAUAGAACCCACUUGUGUAUCUGUCUAAAUGGUUAUGAUUGAACUGAGUGAUGUGAAGAAUAUUCUUUCCUUAAAUAGCUGCAGGGCAUGGCUGAUUACGGAUUAGAGUGUUGUCAUGGAUCAAUCUAUGUAAUUUCCUGUUUUUUAACCUACCUCCUUUUAUCAUUUUGUGUGUAGCUGUUUUAACAGCAGGCAUUAAGUCAAGCUUGAAGCUUUUUUUAAAAAAUAAAUUAAAUGUGUCAUUUUCUUA